AGCACCUUGCAAAUUCUAUAGUACGUCUAAUCAUAGUAUGCCAUUAAUGUUGUGACGUGUUAUUUUUUUAACUAAAUAAAUAGCGAAUUAAUCGCGAAGAUUGGCUGAAAACGUAAAUACCUUAGGAAGAUAAAAUGAUGCAAGAUGAGCAUCUGGGUGGUCCCGCAAGACGAAAUGUUUUUAGUCAAGCAAUAGGAAGAGUAUCACAAUUGUAUCAAAGAUACUUGGAUCUAUGGACUCCUCUUGUAGUGUCAAGAUGGACAUGUGCUUUUUUGCUAUUAUUUGUUUUUGUCCUGCGUAUAUUUCUUUCACAAGGAUGGUAUAUUGUUACAUAUGCACUAGGAAUUUAUCAUCUGAAUUUAUUCAUAGCAUUCCUUACUCCUAAAAUUGAUCCUGCAAUGGAUUUUGAUGAUGGUGAUGGACCAGAGUUACCUACAAGAUCUAAUGAAGAAUUUAGGCCAUUUAUUAGGAGGUUGCCAGAAUUUAAAUUCUGGUAUUCUGUGAUGAAGUCUACAGUCAUUGCAAUGAUAUGUACUAUGUUUGAUUGUUUUAAUAUACCAGUAUUCUGGCCCAUACUUGUUAUGUAUUUCAUAACACUAUUUUGCAUUACUAUGAAGCGUCAAAUAAAGCAUAUGAUCAAAUACAGAUAUCUGCCCUUCACUCAUGGAAAACCAAAGUAUCAGAACCACGAGGAUACUUCGAGGAGUCCGCUCGUGGAAGUUUGAUGACGGGUGUGGUAGAAUUUAAACAGAGCAAUCAAUUUUCCUCCGGUACAAAUGCGUUCGUGUUUCUCGAGCGAAACAGAAACGAAAAGAAGUAAAGAAGUAAAAGAAAAGAAAAGAAAAGAAAAAAAAAGACGAAAUACAUAGAGAGAAGUGUAUGCGGAGGAGGCGAAAAUGAGGAGAGGGCAUGAAUGAACGAAUGAAUGGGAGAGAAUGGGAAGGCGUCUUUUUUCGAACGCAAGUGGUAAUUUGAAAUAAAAUGUUGAAGCAUUGUCGCAUAUCUUAGGAAUAUUUUUUUUAAUUUCUCCAACCAUUCCUUACGACGAAUCGAUAUUGUUCCCUCGCAGAUAACAUUGUUAUCGAAUACAUGAAAGGUCUGAGAAAUAUGUUUAUGGAUGUCUUGUUUGUCUGCAUGUUAAUUAAAUUGUUGGGAUGUCAAAAAGUCACACUCGAUGGUUUGCAAGUUGUUGUUACUUCACACAUGACAGUACCGAUGUUCUGAGAAAUCCGUGGUCUUUUUCUUUGUACUGUAAUACAAAUUUUUCGAAGGAUAACAGGGUUUCUGUAGGUUUGAAAAAAAUUUGCCAUAUAUUUAACACACUUUAUAGAGAUACAGAUCACAAAGUUGUCUAAUUAUUGAUAAUUUGAUGAACAAUGGAAUAUUAUAUAGAAGGUGCACGACUAAAAUGUUUAAACGCGAUAGAAAGAUCUUGUCCGUGUAUCGUUUCAUUCCUUCAUUUAUUUUUACCUGUACAAAAGUAUUUCACUCGUUGUAUUUAUUGUAAGAUUAACGUAAAGGAAUUUCGUUAACUUUUGUUUCUCAAAGUGACGAAAGAAUGCAACUUUUUUAUUAGAUCGUGUUUAAAAUUUUCGUAUAUUAGAGCGUAAUAAUUUACUCA